CCCUCACAGACUUUCUCUCAUGUUCUGUGUAUAUGUGUGUGUUUGUGCCUUUCUCCUGGUUAGAUGGCUUUAUCAACCCCGCCAACGGAAUGUCAAUCUUAAGCUUUGUUCCAGCAGGUGCCCUGCUGCAGCCGCGACGCUGCGUUGUCGACUUGAGGAUCCCUGCCGCCCCCCCAUUGGUUUGUCUGCAGGCAAGAUUCCCAGUGGCUUGCGGUUGAGGCCAAUCACUCCCAAUUAGCCCAGGAUGGUUUCCUCCAAUGCUCAGAUGGACGCUCAUCCGUGCUGAUCGUCAAGCUUUUGGACUGGGCAGCCUUAUCCGAGAUCACGUCCGGUACAAAUGGCGAAAUAAGACCCUCAAACGGCUUUCUUCCAUUUUCAUUCAGUGCGAACCCACAGAGCUCGUUCAUUCUUCCUGUCUUCGGGGUCUUAACUUUGCAUUUGAAGUGCUACAGAAGUGUUGGUUCACAGGGUUCGCCUUAUCAGUAGUUGGCUUCUUCGUUGAGGAUUGGAGCUUCAUUUCGAAGCAGCCUACUCAACAACUAUGUCCACUACCAAUGGUCAUUCAAAUGGCAUCGGCCAUACGAACGGGACGGCAGCUGGUACCAAGGCCUCCCGGAAUGGCAUUGACAAAGUCAAUAGUCGCAAGAGUGCUGUCAAGCGCCCACAAGUCGAGAGUACAUUCAAACAAUAUGCGCAGUUGAUUCACGCCGCCAGGCGCCCGCUCCCAAAGCAAUCCGGUGACGGAACUUAUUUGACAGGACCCAAGGCAAAAACUUCUCUUCUCCAGGACCUGAGGUCGAUGGGCCCCAAAGGAUGGGGAACACUGAUAGCUGUGCUGAAAAAUAAGAGAUCCGGUGAUCUCACUGAUGACAAGACCUACAUCAUGGAGCGCAUAAUCCACCUUGUCGCGGGGUUACCACCAGAGUCAAACAUGAGGACCAAGUUGACCAACUCGUUCGUCACCGAGCUUUGGAAUACCCUUCCUCAUCCAUCAGUAUCUGCAUUCGGAGACGAAUACAUGUACAGAUCUGCAGACGGAUCUAAUAACAAUCCCCUGUUUCCAAAACUUGGCGCAGCAAACACUCCAUAUGCUCGCUCCAUCAUCCCAUCGACGAUUCAACUCGGUGCUCUCCCUGAUCCAGGCCUGAUUUUUGACAGCAUCUUUGCUCGGGAGGAAUUCAAACCUCACCCUAACGGUGUUUCCAGCAUGUUCUUCGCCUGGGCUUCCCUGAUCAUUCAUGAUUUAUUCCAAACCGACCAUCGAAACCCAAAUAUCUCUCAGACUUCUUCUUACCUCGAUCUUUCAACCCUGUAUGGUGACAACCAAGAGGACCAAAACCAGGUGAGGACCUUCAAGGAUGGGAAAUUAAAACCGGAUUGUUUCUCUGAACCAAGGCUUCUUGCUCUGCCCCCGGUCUGCAGCGUUAUUCUAGUUAUGCUUAAUCGAUUCCACAAUUAUGUCGCUGAGCAACUCGCGCAUAUCAACGAAGGUGGGCGGUUUAGCAAGCCGAGGACUGGUCUAUCGCCUGAGGAAUCCACCAAAGCAUGGGCCAAAUAUGACACCGAUCUUUUCCAGACAGCCCGACUGGUUACCUGCGGCCUCUAUAUAAACAUUACAUUGUACGAUUACGUGCGUACAAUCAUUAAUCUAACACGCAGUAACACUACUUGGUGCUUGGAUCCACGAGUGAACAUGCGUGACAACGCCACCCCAGAGGCCGCAGCGAGUGGAACAGGCAAUCAAUGCUCGGUUGAGUUCAAUCUUGCCUACCGAUGGCAUUCUUGCAUCGGACAACAAGACGAAAGGUGGACAGAAGGGAUAUACCAGGAAUUGUUUGGAAAACCUGCUGGAGAAGUCUCGAUGUCUGAUCUCCUGAUGGGCAUGAAGAAAUGGCAGACCGAAUUACCCAAGGACCCGUCUCAUAGAUCCUUUGCAGGUUUGAAACGUGACUCUGAUGGCCGAUUCAACGAUGACGACCUUGUGAAGAUUAUGACCGAAAGCACUGAAGAAAUUGCCGGUUCUUUCGGUCCGCGCAAUGUUCCAAAAGCUCUACGAGCGGUUGAAAUUCUCGGCAUUCAACAGGCACGUAAGUGGGGAUGUGGCUCCCUCAAUGAAUUCCGGAAAUUCUUCGGGCUUAAGGAGUACACAACCUUCGAAGAAAUUAAUUCGGAUCCUUACAUUGCGGAUCAACUUCGUCAUUUAUAUGAACACCCCGAUCACGUUGAACUAUACCCUGGUAUCGUUGCCGAGGAGCCUAAAAUUCCAAUGGUCCCUGGUGCAGGAAUUUGCCCCACGUAUACGCUGUCUCGAGCCAUUCUCUCGGACGCGGUUGCGUUGGUUCGAGGGGACAGGUUCUAUACCACCGAUUACCAUCCCAAGAGUCUCACCAACUGGGGCUAUUCUGAAACACACUAUGAUCUGAACAUCAAUCAAGGCUGUGUAUUUUAUAAACUCAUUCUCAGAUCCUUCCCUAACCACUUUAAGCCAGAUUCAAUCUAUGCCCAUUAUCCCAUGACAAUCCCCAGCGAGAACAAGAAAAUAUUUGCAGGAUUGGGCAGAGAAUCCCAUUUCUCAUGGGAAAAGCCGGCCUUCAUUCCCCCCCGUGUCAACUUGACAUCAUAUCUUGGGGCUAAGACCAUUCUAGAUAAUGCGAAAGAUUUUCGAGUAACGUGGGGUGAAGCCACUGGCUUCUUAUUCGGUACAGGAGGGUUAAACUUCAUGCUUUCUGGAGAUUCUCCCAAACAUGCGAAGCAAAGACAACUGAUGGGUAAAGCGCUUUACCAUGAUGAAUGGAAGAAACAGGUGAAGCAAUUUUAUGAGGAUAUCACUAUUAAGCUCCUAAGGCAGAAAUCCUACAAGGUUGCAGGAGUGAACCAGGUUGAUAUCACCAGAGAUGUUGGUAAUCUUGCACAUGUCCAUUUCGCCUCGAAUAUCUUCUCCCUUCCGCUGAAAACUGAAAAGAAUCCUAGAGGUAUAUACACCGAGCAUGAAAUGUUCAUGGUUAUGUGUGUCGUUUUCACAUGUAUCUUCUUUGAUCUUGAUCCCGCAAAGUCUUUCCCUCUCCGGCAAGCAGCCCGAGUAGUUGCGCAACAAUUAGGGAAAAUUGUCGAAGGGUAUGUCAAGAGUGUGAAAGUUACUAGCAUAAUUUCCGGAAUUGUGGAUCGGUUCCGGAAGAAUGAGACUGCACUGAAGGACUACGGGAUUCACAUGAUUCGAAGGUUGCUAGCAAGUGGCCAGAGUGUAUCUGAGGUAACUUGGUCCCAAGUUAUGCCAACUGCUGGAGCAAUGGUUCCGAACCAGGCACAAGUGUUCACUCAAAUAAUAGACUACUACCUUUCUGAAGAAGGGCGCAUCCACCUUCCGGACAUUCAGCGCCUUGCUCAUCAAGACACCCCGGAAUCUGAUGACAAGCUCCUUCACUACUGCAUGGAGGCCAUCCGUUUAAAUGGCACGUUCGGCUCAUAUCGAGAAGCCACAACUGCGAUGGAAAUUGAUGACGAUGGUCGACAUGUCUCAAUAAAGCCGGGCGAUAAAGUUUUCGUGAGCUUCGUUUCGGCGAACCGGGACCCAGAUAUUUUCCCAAAUCCAAAUGAAGUUCGCCUUGACAGACCGUUAGACUCCUACAUUCACUACGGUGAAGGGCCCCAUACUUGUUUGGGUAGAGAUGCAAACAUGGUGGCUCUCACCUCCAUGCUUCGUGUGAUCGGAAAACUGAAGAACUUGCGUCGAGCGCCAGGCCCUCAAGGGGAACUAAAGAAGGUCCCUCGACCAGGUGGAUUCUACAUUUACAUGCGUGAGGAUCAUGGCAGUUAUUUUGUAUUCCCGAUGACCUUCAAAGUGCACUUUGAUGGAGAGCUACCUGAGCCACACAGCAGGCCAGCUUAA